AAGUAAAAUGCCAAAGAGAUGUUUAGCACAAGGUUACUGAAGGAAGUUAAAGAUAUUAAGCUAAUUAUAUUCAGAUGAUAUAGAUAAAUAUUACGAUUCUUAACACACAUAACGCCCAUAAAGUUGAAGUACUAGAUGUAAGGGAAGGAGUUAGUAUAGACGGAAUAUAAAGACCAAAGUGUAUCGUAUACUGUGAUAAAUUGAAAACUGCUCGCAUAUUCAAUGAAACACCCAUCAAUCCAAGAAGAUGUUUGCAUAUUCUUACAAAGAUUCUUUACUUACUGAACCAAGGGGAACACUUUGGAACUAUGGAAGCCACAGAAGCCUUCUUUGCAAUGACUAGAUUGUUUCAAUCUAAUGAUCAAACACUGAGAAGAAUGUGCUACCUUACCAUCAAAGAAAUGGCUACAAUCUCUGAGGAUGUGAUAAUUGUCACAAGCAGUCUGACUAAGGACAUGACUGGAAAGGAAGAUGUGUACCGAGGCCCAGCCAUCAGGGCUCUCUGCAGAAUCACUGAUGGAACAAUGUUGCAGGCCAUCGAAAGAUACAUGAAGCAGGCCAUUGUGGAUAAAGUCUCCAGCGUAUCCAGCUCAGCAUUGGUAUCUUCCUUACACAUGAUGAAGAUAAGCCAUGAUGUGGUUAAGCGUUGGGUCAAUGAAGCCCAAGAAGCUGCUUCCAGUGACAACAUUAUGGUCCAGUACCAUGCAUUGGGAGUCCUGUAUCACCUUAAAAAGAAUGAUCGCCUUGCUGUUUCUAAGAUGUUGAAUAAGUUUACAAAAUCCAGUCUCAAAUCACAGUUUGCUUACUGCAUGCUGAUCCGAAUUGCCAGUCGCUUACUAAAAGAAAACGAAGAGGGCCAUGAAAGUCCACUCUUUGAUUUCAUUGAGAGCUGCUUGCGAAAUAAACAUGAAAUGGUUAUUUAUGAAGCUGCGUCAGCUAUCAUCCAUCUUCCUAACUGUACUGCAAGGGAGUUGGCACCUGCUGUUUCAGUUCUUCAGCUUUUCUGUAGCUCUCCUAAGCCAGCUUUGAGAUAUGCAGCUGUGAGGACCUUGAACAAGGUGGCAAUGAAGCACCCCUCUGCUGUCACUGCCUGCAAUCUGGACUUAGAAAACUUGAUCACAGACUCAAACAGAAGCAUCGCUACCCUGGCCAUUACUACACUCCUCAAAACAGGGAGUGAGAGCAGUGUGGACAGGCUUAUGAAGCAGAUAUCUUCUUUUGUUUCUGAAAUCUCAGAUGAGUUCAAGGUGGUGGUUGUACAGGCAAUCAGUGCUCUCUGUCAGAAAUACCCUCGAAAGCACAGCGUCAUGAUGACCUUCCUCUCCAACAUGCUCCGAGAUGAUGGAGGCUUUGAAUAUAAGCGGGCCAUUGUGGACUGCAUAAUCAGCAUUGUGGAAGAGAACCCUGAGGGUAAAGAAGCAGGUCUAGCCCACCUUUGUGAAUUCAUUGAGGACUGUGAACACACUGUUCUGGCUACUAAGAUUCUACACUUGUUGGGCAAAGAGGGCCCCAGAACACCUGUCCCCUCCAAGUAUAUCCGCUUUAUUUUUAAUAGGGUCGUACUGGAGAAUGAGGCUGUCAGAGCUGCUGCUGUGAGUGCUUUGGCUAAAUUUGGGGCUCAAAAUGAGAAUCUUCUCCCAAGCAUCCUUGUACUCUUACAAAGGUGUAUGAUGGAUACUGACGAUGAGGUUCGGGACAGAGCUACUUUCUAUCUGAAUGUGCUGCAGCAGAGGCAGAUGGCACUGAAUGCUACAUAUAUCUUCAAUGGCCUCACCGUCUCUGUGCCAGGGAUGGAGAAGGCCCUACACCAGUACACACUGGAGCCUUCGGAAAAGCCCUUUGACAUGAAAUCGAUUCCUCUCGCUAUGGCUCCUGUCUUUGAACAGAAAGCAGAAAUCACACUUGUGGCCACUAAGCCAGAGAAGGUGGCUCCUUCCAGGCAAGACAUUUUCCAAGAACAAUUGGCUGCCAUUCCCGAGUUUAUGGAUCUAGGACCCUUGUUCAAGUCUUCUGAGCCCGUUCAACUUACAGAAGCAGAAACAGAAUAUUUUGUUCGUUGCAUCAAGCACAUGUUUACCAAUCACAUUGUGUUCCAGUUUGACUGUACCAAUACUCUUAACGACCAGCUACUGGAGAAGGUGACUGUGCAGGUGGAGCCAUCAGAUUCCUAUGAAGUGCUCUGUUGCAUCCCAGCCCCCAGCCUCUCUUACAAUCAACCAGGCAUAUGUUACACUCUCGUGCGCCUGCCUGAUGAUGACUCGACAGCAGUUGCAGGCACCUUUAGCUGCACCAUGAAGUUUACUGUCCGGGACUGCGACCCUGACACCGGGGUUCCCGCUGAGGAGGGGUAUGAUGAUGAGUAUGUGCUGGAAGAUCUGGAAGUGACUGUGUCUGAUCACAUUCAGAAAGUUCUGAAGCCUAAUUUUGCUGCUGCCUGGGAAGAGGUGGGAGACACCUUUGAGAAAGAGGAGACCUUUGCCCUCAGUUCUACCAAAACUCUCGAAGAAGCCGUCAACAACAUCAUCACAUUUCUGGGCAUGCAGCCAUGUGAGAGGUCAGACAAAGUACCUGAGAACAAGAAUUCCCAUUCCCUCUAUCUGGCAGGUGUAUACAGAGGUGGCUAUGACUUAUUGGUGAGGUCCAGGCUGGCCUUAGCAGAUGGAGUGACCAUGCAGGUGACUGUCAGAAGCAAAGAGGGAACACCUGUAGAUGUUAUCUUGGCUUCUGUUGGAUAAAUGUUUACUGGGCGAGAUGAAGUUGAUGCAUACUUCACUGUCAGUGGGCUUUUAGGCUAGUGGCAUGAAUUUCCCAGAAUCAUACUUUAAAGAUUAAUGUCUUUGGAGAAGCAAAUUAAAUAUUUGGCCCUGAGCCAGCAGAUCAAGCAAGUAUCUGUCCUUGUGCAUGUAAAUUCUUUUCUUUUCUUUUUUUUUUUAUUACACUUGGUCAACUUUGGUAUGAUAGUACAGCUUUGGGUGAUCUUGCAAAUCAAAUACUAUCCUGUACCCCAGCUGCUUAACUUCAUUAUAUUUUUUAAUUUAAUGUGUGUCUGAAAGCUCCUGACAAUGUUGGAAAAUAUUUUAUCCCAGAGGGGUGGUGGGGGAGGGGAAGCCAGAGUCCACUUUUGUCAAAAUUCAUUUUUAUUAAUAGAAAAUAAACACUUAUUCCAGUUUCAGUUGUUAUACUUGAAGUUGCUAAUAAAAAAAAAAGAAUUUAAAAUAA